AUGUCGUACCCAGGAUAUCCUCCCUCAGGCUACCCUGCUUUUCCCGGUUAUCCUCCCACAGGGCAAGAAUCUGCUUAUCCACCUGCUGGGCAAUAUCCUUACCCCACCGUGCCUGGAGGUUUCCCGCCUAUGGGAGGUGGUGCGUACCCUGCUGCUCCACCAGCAGGUGGAUUCCAAGGGCCUGCUGGUUAUCCUGCACCUGGUGGAUAUCCACCUGCACCCGGUGGCUACCCUGGAGCUCCUCAGCCUGGUGGGAUGCCAACUUACCCUGCAGGUCCUGGGUUUGGGGCCCCCUCUAAUGGUUCCACCUUUGGCUAUCCGCAGCCCCUGUCCCAAAGUUAUGGAGGAGGUGGACCAGCACAAAUACCAGCUGGAUAUCCUGGUGGUCAGACACCUACUCCAGUACCUCCUCAGCCUUCAGCGAUGGUUCAGAGUAUGCAAGGCACAAUUCGACCAGCUCCCAAUUUUGAUGCAGGGCGGGAUGCGGAAGUUCUGCGCAAAGCUAUGAAGGGUUUUGGAACGGAUGAGCAGGCAAUCGUUGACGUGGUGUCCAACCGCUCGAAUAGUCAGAGGCAACAAAUCAAGGCUGCUUUCAAGACCAUGUAUGGCAAGGAUUUAAUUAAAGACUUGAAGUCAGAGCUGAGUGGAAAUAUGGAGGAGGUGAUCCUAGCCUUGUUCAUGCCCAGCACUUACUAUGAUGCGUGGAGUUUAUGGCACGCGAUGAAGGGUGCAGGCACUCAGGAGAGCGUGCUGAUCGAGAUUCUUUGCACCAGGACAAACCAGGAGAUUAAAGAAAUAGUCCAUUGUUACAAGAUGGAGUUUGGAAGAGACAUUGAGCAUGAUAUUCGGGCAGACACAUCAGGUCACUUUGAACGGUUACUUGUAUCCAUGUGUCAGGGUAAUCGGGAUGAGAAUCAAACCGCGGACUUCCAGAAGGCUCAGCAAGACGCUCAGCGCCUUUACCAAGCCGGUGAAGGAAAACUGGGCACAGACGAGUCUUGCUUCAACAUGAUCCUGGCCACGAGAAGCUUCCCGCAGCUGAAAGCCACCGUCGAGGCUUACUCUCAGAUCGCCAACCGUGACCUCCUGAGCACCAUCGGCCGGGAGUUCUCUGGAAAUGUCGAGCGUGGCUUGAAGGCGAUCGUGCAGAGUGCCCUGAACCGGCCGGCCUUCUUUGCUGAGAGACUUCAUCAUGCCAUGAAAGGAGCCGGCACAGACGACUCCACCCUGGUGAGAAUCAUUGUCACUCGUAGCGAGAUUGAUCUCGUGCAAAUCAAGCAGCUGUUCACGCAAAUGUACCAGAAGACGUUGGGCACCAUGAUCGCCAGUGACACCAGCGGGGACUACCGGCGCUUGCUCCUGGCGCUUGUGGGCCAGUAG